GCCUGCGGAAGUCCUGACGGGCAGGUCUUUUUGUUUGGACCGCUGAGAGAAUCGUCACUCGCAUUGAUUCCCCUGGUUCACUACCGUUUUUUAUCUGCAUUAAUUUCGGGUGUCUUUUAUGAAUAAUCAAAAGCAGCAGAAGCCAACGCUUACCGGCCAGCGUUUCAAAACGAGGAAAAGAGAUGAAAAGGAGAGAUUUGAACCUUCUCAGUUUCAAGAAAGUAUCGUACAAGGCUUGAAUCAAACUGGCUCUGAUUUGGAAGCGGUCGCGAAGUUCCUUGAUGCCUCUGGCUCCAAGCUUGACUACCGCCGAUAUGCAGAGACACUCUUUGACAUCCUGGUGGCCGGCGGGAUGCUGGCCCCAGGCGGGACUCUAUCUGAGGACAUGACCCGCACUGAGUUCUGCCUCUUUACGGCACAAGAAGACCUGGAGACCAUGCAAGCCUACGCUCAGGUUUUUAACAAGCUGAUCAGGCGUUACAAGUACCUGGAGAAGGGUUUCGAAGAGGAGAUCAAGAAGUUGCUGCUGUUUCUGAAAGGAUUCACCGAGUCUGAGCGCAACAAGCUGGCCAUGUUGACCGGCAUUCUGCUCGGCAACGGCAACAUAUCAGCCUCCAUCCUGAACAGCCUCUUCAACGAGAACCUCGUCAAAGAAGGAGUAUCUGCAACCUUUGCGGUCAAGCUGUUUUCAACUUGGAUCGCUGAGAAGGACAUCAACUCAGUCGCUGGCAGCCUCCGGAAAGUCGGAAUGGACAACAGGCUGAUGGAGCUCUUUCCUGCCAACAAACGGAGCUGCGAGCAUUUUUCUAAGUACUUCACCGAUGCCGGGCUGAAGGAGCUGUCCGACUUCGCCCGCAACCAGCAAUCCAUCGGUGCCCGCAAGGAGCUGCAGAAGGAGCUCCAGGAACAGAUGGCCCGUGGUGAUCCUCAGAAGGAGAUUAUCGUCUUCACCAAAGAGGAGAUGAAAAAGUCCAACCUCACAGAGCAGGCCAUGAUCAGCAUCAUCUGGACCAGCGUGAUGAGCUGCGUGGAGUGGAACAAGAAGGAGGAGCUGGUGACCGAACAAGCCAUCAAACACUUGAAGCAAUACAGCCUCCUGCUGAAAGCCUUCACCUCCCAGGGUCUCUCCGAGCUCAGCCUGAUGCUGAAGAUCCAGGAGUACUGCUACGACAACAUCCACUUCAUGAAGACCUUUCCGAAGAUCGUGGUGCUGCUCUACAAAGCGGAUGUGUUGAGCGAAGAGGCCAUACUGAAGUGGUACAAUGAGGCCCACCUUGCCAAGGGGAAAAGCUUCUUCCUCGAGCAGAUGAAGAAAUUUGUCGAGUGGCUGAAAAACGCAGAGGAAGAGUCUGAAUCUGAGGAGGAGGAGACGGACUAAACGCCUCCAACGCCAGACGAGCUUUCCUUUCUUUACUUUUUAUUUUAUUUUUUAUAAGUAGCAGCAGGAGCAGUAAAAUGUAUUUCCCCUUCUUUCUAUUCUACCUCCUGUUACUUAUUCUUUAUCCCCGAAACACACAUUGUUCCUCCUCUCAAAACAGAUUUAAGUGUUAUUUUUAAC